GGCGGCCGCGGCAGCGCUCCCGCCUCUUCCCUCACAGCGCGCUCGGGCCGACUGCAGCCACCGCGCCGCGGCCAUGAGUGAGGCAGAAGUGAAUCCCAAAGCUUACCCGCUGGCUGAUGCACAGCUCACCAAAACGCUGCUGGACCUUGUGCAGCAAUCCUGCAACUAUAAGCAGCUACGCAAGGGAGCCAAUGAAGCCACCAAAACACUGAACAGAGGGAUAGCAGAGUUCAUUGUGAUGGCAGCAGAUGCAGAGCCCUUGGAGAUCAUCCUGCACCUCCCUCUUCUGUGCGAGGACAAGAACGUGCCGUACGUGUUCGUGCGCUCCAAGCAAGCCCUGGGCCGCGCGUGCGGCGUUUCCCGGCCCGUCAUCGCCUGCUCCAUCACCAUCAAGGAGGGCUCACAGCUAAAGCCUCAGAUCCAGUCUGUACAACAAGCCAUAGAAAGACUCUUGGUCUAAGUGCCCAUGCGAGUGUGUGUGUGAAAUAGAAAGUGCAAAUUAGGGGAAAUUAUUGUUUAGCUUCAGUUGAGACGAUAGUUUUGAUAUCAAUGUUUCAUUUUAAAAUGCCACAUUUUUGUUUAAUAAUGGCUUAAUUCUUAGUGUUUCCGCCUCCUAUCCCCCCACUUUUUUAUUAUUCCACUCCAACAUUUUCAUUCUCAUUGUAUUACUUCUUGAAAAGUGACUGUACAACUGUGUUUCCUGUUUUAUGUUUGAAAGAAGGACAGAAAAAACAAAGUCCUCCCCUUGUCUUCCUGUCUGCCUGCUCAGGGCUUUUUUAACCCACCCAUCAGCUUUCUCUGUGGUGCACUAUUUCUGCCAAGCUUGAGCCUCCAGCAGCUGUGAGUAACUCUGCAUUUCUGAACGGUUGAGGCUACUGAGGAAAAGGUUCCCUGUGAUCAGGCUGCUGGAGUCAGUAAGUAAUGGAGCAGCAUAGGCAGGUAUAAAGCAGGCAGCAGCUACUGUGUAGCAGCAGAUAGAGCCAAGAGCAGCACAGCCCUUGUUCUUGAAACCUGACAAGAGACUUCUCUUAGAGAUGCAUGGCAAGCAGAAAUCUUAUGGCAGUACGCAAGGGGAAGAACUCUCUUAAUUUGAUUAUUUUUAAAUAGUGACUUUUUAAGAAAAAAUAAAAUUGCUGCAAAGCUAAAUAGAAUUGUCAUUCCCUUGGUGAAGUAUUUGCAACUAACUGGAAUGUUUCUGCUUGUAAAGCUGACCUGCUCACAGGUUGCCUAAAGGCUAUUGCAGUGCAGUAAUUUGUUCUCUUUCAGUUUCCUUUGCAUGGACUGUUACCAUUGAGGUUGGGCUUCCUAGAGAAGUUAAGCACAAAACACAUGGCAGAGAGCAGCCUGUUGUGGCUGAUGAGUACCCUACAUCUGACUGUUAAUUACAAAAAGUGCCAUGCUUUUUAACUACUGCACUCUAUAGUCCCCUGACUGAAGAUGCCAAGGAAACAGAGAACAAAUCAUUUUUCAGAUAAAUUAAUACAUGUCUCAAGAACAGAAUGCUGAUCAUCUCAUGUCCUGGAAAAACAGCAUGGAGCACCAACAGCAGUCUGGAUCAGUGGUGGUUUUAUGGAUCUAGUUUUAGUUAAAUACAUAUUGUAUAAUAAAUGCACUUCUGCUCUAAUCAGAAGUUUAAACCUUUGUGUUGGAAUAUCAAACCUGUUUUCUAUUGCAGGAUGCCAAAGCAAAAUAGUGUGGAAACUCCAUUGGGUGUAAUAGCAGAAUGGAAAAUAAAAUUUUCUGUAAUGUUUCCACAGAGGCACUAACUUCAUACCUUUCAUAAGUACAUCCCAAGCAGCUGAAGUGAGCUUAUGAAAGACUGAAGACAUCACGUUUGUAUAUUUUAGUAAAUGGCUGAUACCAGUAAUCCUUGCUGAGAUGAACUUGAUCCAAAUACUUCAGAAUCCUUUUAUUUGUAUGAGGUUUAGAAGGGCUCCUGUUCCCUUCUACUGAUGCUGACUGUUGAGCUAGUUGUGUUAAGAGCUACAGCUUUGCCAAGGAUUUGCCCUGCUGUACCAAGGCAGAUGAUGUAAGAGAAAGCACACAAGGAGCAGAAAUAAAGGAUACUUGAGCAAGCAAAACUGUCUUUUUCU